UCAACAUUUUAAAUUAUUUCAGAUUUUUAUUUUUCUUGGUAUAAAUAUAUCUGUGAUAAAAUGUCACUGUAUCCGUCCCUAGAAGAUAUGCAGGUGGAUCAUAUGAUGCAGGCUGAAAGGUCUGGUCAUGUUCUACCUACUCCGAAUCAACCUCUGCCUUAUCCGCCAGCCUCCGCCCCUGGUUUAUCCUCCGCCUACCCUGGACUGGCGGAGUAUAUGGGUCUGGAGUUAACUCCGGAAGAAAUUGCGCUGAAUAUGCCAGAAUACACACCUCAACAGUCUUCUCUGGUUCUGAGUAACGCCGGUUUGUAUCCAGUAGCUUCUACGCAGUCCACUGUAUCAGCAACAGGAUCUACGCAGCUGGUUGCACCACUCAGUGGAUCUAGUCUAGGACUAGCUAGAGCUCAAGUCUCACACGGGAUUAGACAAGUUGUAUUGUGUAAGGAUGGAGAUGGAAGGGUUGGAAUCAAGGUAAAGGCUGUAAACAAAGGAAUAUUUGUUUGUCUGGUCACCAAGGAUUCACCAGCUGCUGUCGGAGGACUCAGGUUUGGAGAUCAGAUUCUUCAGAUUAAUGGACAAAGUGUAGCUGGACUAUCUAGUGAUAAGGUUCACGACAUGCUGAAGAAGGCCGGUGAGAACAAUAUUGUUUUGGCAGUCAGAGAUCGACCUUUCGAGCGGACACUUACACUUCAUAAGGAUUCUACCGGCCAUAUUGGAUUCCAGUUUAAGGAAGGAAAGAUUAACAGUAUAGCGGUGAACUCGUCUGCUGCCAGGAACGGUCUCCUGGUAGAUCAUAACCUGCUCGAGGUGAAUGGGCAGAAUGUAGUUGGAGUGAAGGAUAAAGAUAUAUCCAAGUAUAUCGAAGAAGGAGGAAGUAUUAUUACAAUCACCAUUAUACCUUCAUAUAUUUACAACCACAUCAUGAAGAAUAUGUCGUCGUCCUUGGUGAAGAAACUGAUGGAUCAUUCUAUUCCAGAAAUCUAAAUGCCAUGUUAUGUACUGUUUCUGUACUGUACUGAGUGUAGUGGACAUUAUACACUGCACACUCUACGUAAUUAUUCUUGGCUAACAAUAUCGUAAAUUUUUGUUGGUUUGCUAAAUUUUACAAACGUAGCCAAAUUCUUGUUCUUACUAAGCAGGGCAAAUUUGCAUUUUAUAUACUCAAUAUUUUCGUCAUACGAGUUUUUUCCUCAUUAACUAUAAAUUUUCAUUUGUUCGUUAUUUUCUGUUUUGCGAUUAUAUUGCAAACCUUGUAUCAUUUCAUGUUAUCUUUUGUCAAUAAAUCAUUUACUCGAA